UCCGAGAUGGACGGACUGAAAGCGUGAAAAUGCGCCUCAGUUCUGCUUGGCUAGCAAUAGGCGUUUGCCUGUUUUGGCACCCCAAUGACCUAAUCCAGGCGGCCAAUAUCCUAGGCGUGUUUCCCUUCCACUACGGAUCUCCUUUCUUGGUGGUGCGACCUCUCAUCCAGGCCCUAGUGCAACGAGGACACAAUGUAACCUUGAUUACACCAGAGGGCAUGCCCCCCGAUAUCAAGGGAGUUCGACAUAUACGCGUUUCCAAGUUAAACAAACGCAUGCAAGUAUUGAUCGAGACUGACCAAAUUUUGGGUUUUCUGUCUAACAAAUGGAUGGAGGCAAUGCUGGCUGCCACAAUGUACUUCAACAUGUGCCAAGAUAUUCUUAGCGACGAUGGCGUUCAAGGAAUGCUUAAAGACGAUAGGGAGCAGUUUGAUCUCAUCAUGAUGGAUGCGAGCAACCUGGAUGCACUUUACGGUCUAGUGGAGUAUUACAACGCCACACUGAUUGGCAUCACGAGCAUAAGUGUCAACUGGUACACCGAGGAACUGGCAGGAAAUCCCGCACCAAGCAUUUACGAACCCAUCUCCCAAAUAGGCUACUCUAGGGAUACCUCGAUACUGAGUAGGAUUUACAACUGGAUUCAUAUUAAUGAGGAGAGACUGCUGGAGCAUCUGGUCGUCUUACCAGCUCAACUGCGCGUCUUCAAAAAGUUCUUUGGCUACUCGGAACAAAAAUUCUAUGAACUGCGAAACAGGUUCUCGUUGAUCUUGGUCAACAAUCACUUUAGUGUUGGCAGGGUGCGAUCUAAUGUCCCCAACCUCAUCGAGGUUGGCGGGCUACAUCUUAGUGAGUCCCCAGAACCCUGUGGUGAGGAGCUAAAGAAAUUUAUGGACGAGGCGGAGAACGGUGUAAUCUAUUUUUCCAUGGGCCUGGAUAUAAUGGUAAAGUUUCUUCCUGAAAAUCUUCAGCAAACACUGGUUAAAUCCUUUGCUAAGGUAAAACAGCGGAUUGUUUGGAAGAACGAGUUCUUUAAUAUGCCCAACAAAUCGGAAAACAUAUAUGUGAUAGAAAAGGCUCCUCAACGCGACGUUCUGGCCCAUCCCAAUGUUCGUCUUUUUAUCACGAACGGAGGACUUCUAAGCGUGAUGGAAGCGGUUGACAGUGGAGUUCCAAUGCUUGGACUUCCGGUCUUCUUUGACCAAUUUGGUAAUUUAAAAUGGGGCCAGUCGGCAGGCAUGGCCGAGGUAUUGGACAUAAGCAAUCUAAACGCAGAGACUUUAACUAAUACCAUUCAUGAGCUGAUUGAGAACCCUAGUUACUCUCUGAGGGCUAAGAAAAUGUCGAAAACAUUUAAGGAUAGACCGAUGAGUCCUUUGGAUACGGCUGUUUGGUGGACGGAGUACGCUUUGCGAAAUCGGGAUAUAUCCCGCAUUCGCCUUAAUGUAGAGGAGAUUCCACUAUUUCACUACUACAAAAUAGACAUCAUUCUUACUUUUGCCUCUCGCUUUGGAUUGAUCGCAGCAUCAGUCAUCUUUUUGGGCUCCGUGUUUUUUAGAAAAUGUGUGACAGGCGAUAUAAGGAAUCGAAUGUAUUUUAACUUUUCAAUAAAGUGA